GUUCUGCGCCGCACUUUCCGGUUCCAAGCUGUUCGCUUUCUGCUGUUAGAAGCGCUUCUCCAGCCGCCAGACGUCUUUUUUGAAACCUGGAUGUGACGUAUUGAAGAAGCCGACGGAAAUAGAAUUGAAAGCGUUCUAAAAUGGCGAACCGUACGGUCAAGGAUGCGCACAGCAUCCAUGGCACCAACCCUCAGUAUCUGGUGGAGAAGAUCAUUCGGACGCGAAUCUAUGAAUCAAAGUACUGGAAAGAAGAGUGCUUUGGACUUACGGCUGAACUUGUCGUCGACAAAGCCAUGGAGUUAAGGUUUGUGGGUGGUGUCUAUGGUGGAAACAUAAAGCCAACUCCUUUCCUCUGUUUAACCUUGAAGAUGCUUCAGAUUCAACCUGAGAAAGACAUCAUUGUUGAGUUCAUAAAAAAUGAAGAUUUCAAGUAUGUCCGGAUGUUGGGGGCACUUUACAUGCGGCUGACAGGAACUGCAAUUGAUUGCUACAAGUACUUGGAGCCUUUAUACAACGACUAUCGAAAAAUCAAAAGCCAGAACCGAAAUGGGGAGUUUGAACUGAUGCACGUGGAUGAGUUCAUCGAUGAACUUCUGCACAGUGAGAGGGUCUGUGAUAUCAUUUUACCCCGGCUACAGAAACGCUAUGUACUGGAGGAAGCUGAGCAACUGGAGCCUCGAGUUAGUGCUCUAGAAGAGGACAUGGAUGACGUAGAGUCCAGUGAAGAGGAGGAAGAGGAAGAUGAGAAGCUGGAAAGAGUACCAUCACCGGAUCACCGACGAAGAAGCUACCGAGACUUGGACAAGCCACGACGCUCUCCUGCACUGCGCUACAGGAGGAGUCGGAGUCGGUCUCCCAGGAGGCGAAGUAGAUCCCCCAAAAGGAGAAGCCCUUCUCCCCGCCGAGAAAGACAUAGGAGCAAGAGUCCACGACGCCAUCGAAGCAGGUCCCGAGACAGACGACACAGAUCCCGCUCUAAAUCCCCAGGUCACCACCGUAGUCACAGACAUAGGAGUCACUCAAAGUCUCCUGAAAGGUCUAAGAAAAGCCACAAGAAGAGCCGGAGAGGAAAUGAGUAAUGGAUUCAUUUUUAGUCCAGAUGGCUUCCUGUGAAUAUGAGAAUAUCUGUUAAAGGGAAAUGUUCAAGAUCAGACAGCUAUGAGUAUUGGGGUUUUUAAAAAUCAAGUUCUUGUUUGUUUUGUUUUUAUUUUAACAUUAUAGAGGUGCUAGGUUUUGUAUCUCUUUGAAUUAUAAUCAACAUCUUUGAAGGAUGUCUUUGACCAAAUCAAGGUCAGGUUUUGACCUAACCAACUAUGGUAUUCAUACUUACCAAGGUUAGAGAGGACCUGGGAGUUGGGGAGAUUCAGGACAAUGAAGAGAUGUAGUUCACGGGAGACUCUUUUCUUAUUUGUAAUUAAACCUGAUGCAGUUGUCAUUUAUCUCUAGUGCAAUGGUUUAUGCUGCUUCGACCCAGCUAGUGAAGCACUGACUACAGACAGCAGCAGUAACAAUAAACAGUUACUAGUUAGCGGUUUUGUAAGAACAGAAUACAUUCAAACGUGAAAGUUUUUCUGUAUUUUUUUUAAUUCAGUUUCAUUAAACAAUUCAACAUGAUUGCAAUUAACAUCCUUUAUACAAGCCAGGUAUGGUGGUUCACACCUGUAAUGUCAGCACAGGCUGAAGCAGAACGCUGUGUAGUUUUCACCUAGGUUGCUGUGAGAGGGUUGUGACGGUAACGAAAGUGACACACUCUGUUUAAGACGCUGCAGUAUUUCUACAUGGAUAGAAAGAGGGACUAGUAGGGUUCAGCGUGAUGAUCUAGGCCAGAACUGACAACUGUCAAAGACGGUUAGUUGCCCAGGGAGUAUCAGUAGAUUUAAGAACAGCAGCACCAUAGGCAAUGCCAACAUUUGUGACUAGUAAUACAGGUCACCUAGUAAAUACUGGAAUGAGCCAUUCACAAAGGUAGAAUCAGUAGGUCAAGGACACUGAAGGGUCUGAAGAUAUAGAAGCAAAAUAAAAGCUUUACUAAGUCCAUAGGCUUAAUACUGAUAUUAGAGAGUAUUAUUGUAUUAGCUAAAACAAUUCCUUCUGCCUGUACUUACCUUCCUCCUUUAAGAGGGUAGAAAUGACUGACUUCUUGUCACUAUAAGCCUAGGAAGAACUGUAAAGACCAGCUGCCUUAUAGGAUCCAGCUUCUCAGGAAGUCAUAGCUGGUCCUAGGAUAAACAUUUCUAUUGUUUGCUGUUGAUUGGGGAACUUCUGUAGCAAUAUUAAAGCAGUUUUUAUCAAUUUGCACUUUCAUAUUCUUUGCUGAUUCCUCUAACCAUGAUACCUAAAUUAAUAAGGGAAUUAAUAAAGUUGUAAGACCUAUUAUAGCUUAUAGCUACAACUAUAUUUUGUGGCUUUUAAAAUUAAAUAUAUCUCCACUCAGGUCUGGUAGAGAUUCCUAGUAAUUUCUUACUGAGGUGAUUUAGGUGGAAAAAGAUGCCUCUGGCAAAAUGAUUCAUGGGCCAACCAAGCACCAUCAGUUUAAGUUUUAAUAUUAAGGUAAAUUUAAGUAAUAAACUUACAACAGAAAGACCCAACAAUAUUUUAAGAGAAACCUUUCCAAAAGUAUACGUUAGAUAUGGUAGAAUCUGGAUCCAUGGGCAGCAAGAAGCAUACCAUUCCUGCUACUUAGUUAGAACAAAGGAAAUAAAAAUAAGGGUGAGUAGGAUAUGUUGAAUAUUGAAGACAAUUCUGACAAACCACAGAAUUACAGAGAUGACAUUUGAAGGAUAGAUUUGUCACCUGUUUUACUUAUUAUUACAUGAGGCCUUUGAAUGGUAGCUUUGAAAUUCUUAGGUUACAACAUAGUCUUAGAAAUAUGUUUUACAUCUCAGCUGUACACAUGCAUAUAUUCUUUGUGCUGAAACAGGCUUUAAGAAAAAAUAUGCAGGCCAUGUGGUGGUGGCACACGCCUUUAAUCCCAGAAUUCAGGAGGCAGAAGCAGGCAGAUCUCUAAGUUCAAGGCAGAUCUCUGAGUUCCAGGACAGCCAGAGCUACACAAAGAAACCCUUUCUCAGGAAAACAACAAACAAAAAAAAUCAAAUAAUGCAAAAUGUAUUCAUAUUAGUUUUACUAAGAAUUUUUUUUUAAAAGAUUCGUGUAUGUGCAUGUCUCUUAGUGCAGAGGUAAUACGUGUACAGGUGCUGAUAGGGGCCAGAAAAAGGUGUUGGAUCACCUGAAGCUGGUGAUUUCAUUUGUGAGUAACCUGACUUGGGAGCUGGGGUCCAAACCCUACUCCUCAUGACUGAGCUCAAAUGCUUUUAACCAUGGAGCCAUUGUUCCAGUUCUUAUAGUUAAGAUUUUUAAACCACUAUGUGGAUUUCACUUUCCACAAUUUGAAAUCCAGUUCCUUAAAAGCUUACAUAGAACACAAGGACUUUAACAUUAAUAAAUUAAGCAAGAUGUGUUUUCUGAGGGAAAAGUGGCAGAUUUGUAUUAGAACAACCCAAUGUAGCCUCAUUGACCUCUUUCUGUUACUGCCCAGUAGUGUGAUAUGAGUCUUAAACAAAGACCAGAGAACUGCACCCUGGGUCAUAUGAGGUUAAGUCACUCCACUCCUUGGCUCUUCACAUGCAACCAGCAUAUACAUAUCCAAUAAUAAGGGUGAAGGAAAAAAAAGGUUUUGUUCAUUUCUUUUUAUAUUAAGCAUACUGACUUCUAAGAGAAACAUGAAGCAAGCAAAAUGAAAGUUGCAUCUUCUGUUUUAUAUAACUGUCCUUAGUCUUGAGAGCAAUCUUGAAAUUUGGCUUUCUUGUAUGGAGAAACAGUUGUCAUUUCAAUUUCCUAGCCGUCUUCUAAGUCUAGUGAAUUCGUUUCCAGGAGAUAAGCAUGGGUUCCGUAGCUGUGUUUAAGACAGCACAUAAGCACACUUUAUAAAAGCGUUGUGCAUAUGCACUUAUGAUAAUUCACUAGAAUGAUUCAAGUUCACCACAUAAUAGAAUUCUUAACUGACAGAUUUUACUGCUUUACAUUUGUCUGUGCACACACAAGUAAUAUGUGAUACCCUGUUUUCUUCAUCAAGAAACUAAACUGUGGCUGUUUAGUCAUCUUACUAGCCCUAAACUUUAACACCUUUUCUUUCAGUAAACACAUCACAUUAUCAUUUACAAGGAAAAGUGAGUUAGCAGCUUAAUGUUUUAUCUGGGAAUCAUUUUUAUGGAAGACACUGCUUCCUGCAGAGACUCUGAAUUCACUUCCUAGCAUCUAAUCAAGUAGCUCACAACCACCUGUAACUCAGGUGAUUAAACACCCUCUUUUAGACUCAGGGCACCUGUACUCCCAACAUGAAAAUGUUUGAAAAACGUUCAUCCUUUUACUCAACUAGAGUAAAUCUACAAACAAACAGCAUUAUUUUCCCAUUACUAUGCAUGCAUUUUAUUUACAGGAGAAAACAGCAAAAUUGUCUACAGGGCCUCACUAUUAUAGCAGCCUUGGCUGGCCUGGAACUGGGUAUAUAGACAGGGCUGGCUAUGACAGAGACCUACCUGCCCAGGUCUUCCAAGUACUGGGUUUAAAGGUGUGUGCCACCACAUGCAGCUAGUAGUGUGAUUUUUAAUAAUCUUAUUUAUUUUUGGUUUUUCAAGACAGAGUUUCACUGUGUAACUGUCCUGGCUGUCCUGAAACUUGCUUUGUACAGACUGCCCCCAAACUGAAUGAGAUCUGCCUGCUUUUGCCUCCCAAGUGCUGGGACUACAGGCGGGCACCACUAUUGCCCAUCCAAUUUUUAGUUUUUAUUUAUGUAUUUAUUUGGACAGGAUUUCUUUGUGUAACAGCCCUAGCUACCCUAGAACUAGCUCUUGUAGACCAGGCUGGCCUUGAACUCACAGAGAUCUGUCAGCCUCUGCCUCCCGAGUGCUGGGAUUAACUACUUGUGCCACUACCACCCGGCCCAUCCAAGUUUUAAUAAUCUUAAUGGGCCAAGGUAAAACCACCUUCAUGUCAAAUGGCAUACAAAUUCUAUCAAAAAAUAUCAUUUUAAGAGUGUGUAUAGGACUGAUCUUUUUUUUAACUAUUAACUGCUUUUUUCAGACAAAACUGAGCUAUUGUGUAAAUUAUAUUCUGUUCCUCAGUUUAGAACACAGUUUUACUACACUGUCAGAGUAGUAAAAUCUGGGUUAAUAAUACGCUGCCUUCAGGAAAGGGGGGCUGAGCUAACAUGCUGCCUUGUUGGAAUUUUUAAAAGGGUUUCUUUGGUUUUUUGUUUUUGGUGAAAAUCUUAAAUAUACACAAAAGCAGAAAGAACAGUGAAAAGAAUAUCAUCCUCUUAAUCUCUUGAUGAAAUAUUUCAAUGUUUAAAAUACUAUAUUAUCUAAUUAUUUUUAUUAUUUAAAGUCUUUUGUAGCUCAGGCUGGCCUGGAGCUCUAGGUAGUAGAGGAUGACCUUGAAUUUCUAGCCAGUUGUUUGAGAGAGGCUCACUACGUAACCCUGACUAGCCGGGAACUUGCUAUGUCGAUCAGGCUGGCUUCAAACUCAAGAUCUGCCUGCUUCUGCCUCUAGGCACUAGGAUUAAAGUUGUACACCAUCAAGCCUGACAGGCCUUGAAUUUCUUAAUCCUCCUGCCUCCACCUAGAGAAUGAUGGGAUUGCAGGAUGCUCCAAGUUGUUUUUAACACAGAAGUACGGGGAGAUCAGGUAUAUUAUUAACAAAAGAAUUGACACCACUUUGAGUCUAAUGUAAAAAACCAAAACCAUUAAAUAUACCUGUCCUUAACUUGGGGCUGUAAAUAUGGCAGGGAUAUCCUCAACCACCAGCAUUUAAGGAAUAUUCCAAGUGGAAAAUACAGCAAAAGCCCAGUCUCUUAUUUAAGUAAUAAAACACCUGAGGAAGCAGAACAAAAAUAACACACUCUAUCCUUAAAAUUAGACUUAGUUUUUGCAAACAUCUGUAGUUUUAUUUGGCAAAUCUAAUUUAGGGACUAGGAAAAAAAUUAACUCACUGUAAAAGGAAUAGCUAAAAAAUAUGCCACUAAAUUUCAAUAUCCACACAUUUUAUGAAAACAUUUUGCUUGAUGACUAACUUCAUGGCCUAUAAUGAUGGGGCUGAAAAUUCGUACUGCAGGUGUUUUAACUCAGAACUACCUAUAUACCACACACUGGUGAAGCUAGUCUAUCAAACCUAUUGUACUGCCAGUUAUAAAAAGGUACAGCACCCACACUUGUGUAUAGUUCAUAAAGUGUAUGUUUGUGUAGUUAAAAGCGUUUCUAUUACUUUAAGGGUGUGAUAUAUUCUGCUGGGAGCCGCCUCACACAUCUCAUGUUUGUGUGCCUGCUAAUUGCAACAAGACGCCAAAUAAACUGAUUGACAGGA